AUGAAAUUUAGCCAUCCUACAGGUCUGGUUGAUCGGAUUCGGUCUCAAGACAAUUCUGCUAAGAAGCCGAUGGUUACGCUUGAAUUCGCCAAAUGCCCAGACAAUUGCGGCUUGCCUACAAGCAUUGGUUUCGUCCGGUUGGCCUCUUCUGCCGGGCAGAAGCAAUCUUUGAAGGCAGCAGCGGUAUCUGGUGUAGCUGUUGAAGCUGUGUUGUACUGCACCAAUUCACAUGCCUCCUCUGCAGAUCGGUCGGCCAAGCUGUAUUGCGGCCCGACGGCUUCCCUACGUCCACCCCAGCAAGGAGGCAGAAUACGCGCAUUUACACAUACACCCAAACACAUACAGGCUGAGAUACAGACUAGACAGUCACAUGUGCCUUCAGGCGAGUAG